CACCUCCAUCCCCACCACGGCCCCAGUUCAAUUCAAAUCACACCGCCUCGCCCCCCUCCACCGACAUGGCCGAUCCCAACGGCCACCACCGCUGCCUCCUCGCCGGUGCCCCAGGGUCGCCUCAACUUGGCCUCCGCCCCCGCCUCGUCGGUCUCCACUGCGACGAGCGCGUCGUCCGCUACGACGACCGCCGCCGCCGACUUCGCUCCCAGCAGCCGCGACAUUCCCUUGCUCCCCAUCGGCCAGUUUCCUCAGGACCACGUCAACUUGGGCUCCGCCUCCGCCGCCGGCGACGCCAUGAUCAACUCCGCCGGCGCUCCCGCUGGAGCUCACCAGUACAUGACCAACCCAUACGCCGGCGACGCCAUGAUCAACUCCUCCGCGCUCGCUGGUGCUCACCCGCACAUGGUCAACCCACCACCGUACGCCGGCGCUUCUUCCUCGCGACUCCCCACUGCUUCCGCCGAGUGGAACAUGGAUUGGCUGCACGACGCGAUGGCAGAACAGCAGCAGCCACCGCCGCCGCCGCAGUGGCAGGAGCAGAGUGUCUUCUCCCCCCCACCGCCUACAGCUUCAUCCCCUCUCCAUCACUCCAUCUGGUUCACGCUCCAUACCCAUCCUUCGCCCCCUCCACCUUCUCCACGAUCCCCACCAUCCGACGGGAGUUCAUGCCGGUGCCGUGUCAAGUUCCAGCCCCACACGCGCCGCCAUUCCCCGCAACCUAUCAGUAUCCCGGCGCUCUUCCCGCCGCCACCACCCACACCAUGAGGGACUCCUCGCCGAUCGGAACAUGGAUACCGGCAUCAAUGGGAGAUCGCAAGACGAUGAUGUGCGUGAAAUUCAAUCCGCACGGGUGGUGCAACGAAGGGGAUGGGUGUCAAUUCGCUCACCACGAGGACGAGCAACGAAUUGUGCCGGGGAGGAGGGGCAGCCGCUGGUGGCAUCGGUGCAAUAAGUUCGCGACCAGAAAAUGGUGCAAGUACGGGCGCAACUGCAGGUAUUCCCAUGGCCAUGGGCGCCAUGGCGGCGUAUAGGCCGGAGGAGCAGCGCCAUGGGAGGAUGAGUCCUUCGUCUUAGCAGCAGCAGUUACCACGCGCGCGGAGGAAACACGUCAGGUUAGAGUCUGGAUCAUAUGGCUGAAUCCAUCCGAAUCAUUUGGUUCAAAUGCUUGCUUCUGUUGUGGACCUUGUGGUCAGAUGAACCACUGCGUUUUUUUUUUUCUGUUUGUGAUUUGAUUUGAGUCCUGAAUCCAUCCGAAUCUGAGUUCGACGAAGCACAAGUGCUGUUUGUUUCUGUUUUGGUCAGAUGGGACAUGGAUUUUCUACACCUAGGUGCCAUGGCAUCUAUCAUUUGCAUGUAACUCAAAUAGUUAUAGAAAAAAUUAAAAAAAUUUA